AUGAAGUUAUCUGACUGGAAGAGUGUAACGCCGUUCAUGGUGUAUUGCUGCUUGGUCUUCAACGUCGGCAACGUACUGUUUGGCAUCGAUGUCGCCUCGUUUGGGUCGCUACAGGCUCUACCCAGCUUCCUGCGUCAGUUUGGCGAACUUGGCGCAAACGGCAAAUAUGCUCUUACCACCAGUAGAAAGAGUAUCAUGAAUUCUGUCAACUUCACCGGCAAACUCGUUGGUUGUGCGGUCUUUGAGCCCUUGGUGGAGCGUCUCGGAUUCAAGAAGACAAUCUUGAUCGCCGCCGUCAUCCAGAUUGUUGCCGUCAUACUCGAGAUAUCGGCACACAGCUGGAUUCAAUUCUCCAUCGGCCGCGUGUUUGCGUACAUGGCCGUAGGAAUCGUCGAGCCUACGAUCCCCCAGUACCAGGCCGAGCUUGCCCCGGCUCCUCUGCGAGGCUUCUUUGCCGGCAACGUGCAAGUCCUUGUCCACUUGGGUAGCAUCUGGGGCUCGGGCAUGAGCAGGGCUUACUCGAACGAAACCGCUCCCAAAGGUUGGAUGAUCCCCGUGGCGAUGCAGAUGAUCCCGGCUAUCUUGCUCCUGAUUGGCGUCCCGUUCUGCAUUGAGUCGCCCCGCUGGUUGAUCACCCACGAUCGCAAGGAUGACGCCGUGAAUGUCAUGAACCGCAUUCGACCGAGAAGCCACGCUGAGGAUGGCCGCACAGCACGCGAAGUCGAUGCCUUCGAUCAAGCUAUACAGGAAAGCAAGUCUCUGAAUGGUGGCUCAUGGGGAGAUCUAUUUUCCAAGACCUAUCUGAACCGUACCAUCAUCAUCACGUUUCUUUUUUUCUUUCAGCAAACGACUGGUCAGCAGUUUGCCAACUCAUAUGGCCCCUCGUUCUUCGCCUCGAUGGGCCUUGCAUCGGACCGUACUUUUACUUACUCUAUCCUCAUUGCCCUCGCCGGGUUGUGCGGGUGCAUUGUUGCUACUCUGACGACGGACAUCAUCGGUCGGCGCACUCUCUGCUACAUCGGUGCCGCCCUCGCCACCAUGUUCGCUGCGCUCAUCGGCAGCGUCGGCUCCAAGCCCGGCGCGAAUCAAAACGACACGGACUCUAAUGUCGUCAUUGCGUCGGUUAUCCUGCUCAACGGCGUCUGCAAGUUGGGAGUCGCAAGCCAAUGCUGGCUGAUCGGCUCAGAGAUUGGAGGGACGCAGAUGCGAAAGAAGUUGCUGGGCUGGGGUGUCGUCAUCGACGUCUUCGCAGCCUUCCUGGUCACCUUCUUUACUCCCUACCUGCAGGCCGGCCCGCAGAUACAACUCGGUGCCAGGGUGGGCUAUGUAUUUAUGGGCCUUGCGGCGAUAUCUUUCUUCUUCUUCAUCUUCUUCACCCCUGAACUCAGGGGCCGAUCGCUCGAGGAGGUUGAUGAGCUAUUCGAGCGAAAACUUUGGCCAUGGCAGUUUAGCAAGGCUGAGACUCAUGGUAUUGGCGCGCGUAUCGCUGCCAUGGAAGGUGGGGACAAUGAGGCUCUCAGAUCGGAUCCCAAACAGGUCGACCCUGAGGUUGCCCACAGCGAGUAUGUCAGGUGA